AGGAAGAAGCUACGGAUCGUCUCUAGCAGCGCGCAAGACGUAGCGGCUGCUGGAGUCGAGGACUUUGCCUUGCCUGCGGGGCCCAGCUAGAAGCGCCUAGAAGCGCGGAAGCGGCGGCUCCAUCGUCGCCGGUGCGGAUCCGGCCAUCAAAUUUGCUCGCCUGGAGCAAGCACGGAGCGGGGAUGCACCGGCGGUGGAUAUGACGGCAAUGGGGCCAGCGCGAUAGGGCCCAGCGGCAUCCGGGGUUUUGUCAUUGGCUCAUUGCGGCCUGCGCCCAGCUGGUUGCUGGUUUUGCAGGUGAUUUGUUACAAAGGAAAUCUAAUGCACAAUGGAGAACUUGGUCAAACUAUAUCAUGAUUGGGAAAUUCAGAUGCUAGUGCUUCUAAGUUUUGCAAUACAAAUAUUCCUAUUCUUCACUGGUGGUCUUCGUGUGCGUAGCAUCAACACGUUGCUUAGGCUCUCCAUUUGGAUAGCUUAUUUGGGAGCAGACAUGAUAGCAGUUUACGCCCUUGGCUACCUCUCACAACAUAAGGAUGCCACCAUUGGAAGGGACACAAUAAGGGCAAUCCAGCCUCUAGCUUUCUUUUGGUCUCCCUUCCUCCUCAUCCAUCUUGGCGGGCAGGACACUAUCACUGCUUUUGCCAUGGAGGACAACAACUUGUGGUUGAGGCACUUAUUGAAUCUGGUAGUGCAGGUUGUCCUAACUUUAUAUGUAUUCUGGAAGUCUAUUGGAAGGCACAGCGUGGAGCUUCUAGUUUCAGGUAUCUUUGUGUUUGUUGCGGGGAUUAUCAAGUAUGGAGAAAGGAUAUGGUCUCUCAAGUGUGGGAGCUUUAAAAGUCUUGAGAGCUCCACUGGAGAUCACUGUAAGCAUCACUUUCCAGAAUUGAUUGAUGGGGAUGCUGGUUAUUCUAACACUGUCUGCACUGGUCUGCGUUCAAUGCUAGAUGUCCUUAAUUUUUUCGCUGGGCGAACCUUAUUUGUUGGUAGUUCCGUGAGGUUUGGUCGUGAAGGUUUGGGAACUUGGCUACCCAACCAAGUGCUCAAGGUGUUAGGGAUUGAGCUUGGCAUGAUGUAUGAUGAUCUCUACACCAAGGCUCUUGUGCUCAGAACAAGGAGUGGCAUUAUACUGCGAUGUAUCUCUCAGAUAUCUGCUUUGGUCGCCUUCAUUCUCUUCCUUUCAGGCAACAAACAUAGUUAUAGCAGAGCUGAUAUUGCAAUCACAUAUUCACUUUUUGUCGGCGGUUUCUUCCUGGAAGUUUGUGCGCUGUUUAUAUUCAUGAUGUCACCAUGGACUUGGGCAUGGUUGAAGGCUCGAAAGUAUGACAGGCUUUCACGGUUUUCCUGGUUUCUUUUUUCCAGUGGUCUAAUUGGAUGGCCGGAGAAGAGGCCGCUGUGGUCAAAUUCAAUGGGACAGUACAACUUGAGGGGUUGGUUUGAGGGCAGUGACCAACCAAAGUCGUGCGGUCAACGAGUGAUGAACAUGGCGAGAAAGUUGGCAACAUCAAUCGGUGUUGAGAAGGAGAAAAUAUUUUGGUUAAGCAAGCUAUUAGACACGGAGUACGUUAAAGUGGAUAAGGAGAUGGAGUGUCUCGCGGAGGCCGCCGGCUGCUUCGUUCGUGAACCCUAUGAGUUUCAGAGGACCCGGGAAUGGCCAAAUCUUGACCCUCUCUUGAGAUAUGCACAAGUCUUUUACAUCGCAGAUUUUGGUUUCGCCAUUGUCUUUAUGCAUUUGGUCACGGAGCUACACCUGAGCAAAUACCCCUGCUCGGAUGUUGAGGCAGAUGUAGCAGCAGAUAUUGAAGUUUUGGUGGAGGUCUGCCGGAAACUGUCCCGCUACAUGAUGCAUCUCCUGAUCUCCCUCCCUUCCCUGCUGCCUCUCAACGCCAGUGCGGUGGCUACGCUUGAUCGGUGGCAAGCUGACAUGUCGGAGAAUGACAUCAUGACAGAAUUAAAAGAGCUUGAACCCCAGCCGGGCAAGGAGGCACUGGAGGAGAUCAAGGAGGUGUGGGUGCGGCUAAUCAUCUACGCUGCUGCCAAGUCCCAGCCGGAGAUGCAUGCAGCACAGCUGGGAAGAGGAGGGGAGGCCCUCACUUUUGUUUGGCUGCAGCUAGCACACUAUAACUGCGGGGAUUUUGGGUUCAGCAGGAUCGAGCUAACCCGUGAUCGCUCCAAACAUUCGAUAUUCUAUGUCUUACAACUGAAAGAGGUUGUCAUGGAGGGCACGGGGUUUCCAGGUUGAUCCAGCGUCAUAUCAAUCAGAUACCGAGCAGCCGUUGAUAUCAACCAUCCCACUGCUUCUAUGUUCUUUGGUAUAUGUUGCGCAUAUCCUUACUAAAUAUGGUAAUUUUACUAUCAAAUGUUGUUCUGUGUAUACAUCUAAAAAACUAAUUUUAUGUUGUAGGUUAAUUGUUUGUGUCUUGAGUGGUCGAAAAUGUCAUUUACCAGCGGUGUACUUUAGUAUUCCUUUAUCUUAUUUUCCGCUUUGGACCUUUUAGUUACUUAAGUAAUCUUUAUCUGUUGAUGCGCAAACAACAAUAUGGUGACCUUGUGAGAUAUAGUUGCCAUCGGUCUAUCAAACUGAUGCAAAGAUCCGUUCGAUUCUGUUUG